AUGACCCACAAAUACCAGGCUGAAACAGGAAAUCAUGGCGCACCACGAAAUGCAGGGAAAACACUACACGAGCAGCACCAAUCGUUUAUGGACAUGUGGCAGCGCAUCGGCGUGGAGCCAGGAGAGCCUCUGAUAUGCCUGGGGAUGGAUCCGCGGGCAACUGACGGGAGAAGUGCGAAGGAGAGAUUAAAGCCAGGAAUGGGGGCGGAGGAGAAGGAGGAGGAGGAGGAGGAGGAGGAGGAGGAGGAGGAGGAGGAGGAGGAGGAGGAGGAGGAGGAGGAGGAGGAGGAGGAGGAGGAGGAGGAAGGGGAACGAGGCCUCUUCGUCUGCUCACCUGGAAAUUAUCCCUCCGCUGGUCCCUCUGUUCCCUCUUCCGCGCCUUCCGCUCCCCCCUCUACCCCCACCUCUUCCCCGUCUGCGCCUUCUCCUCCCCCGUUUGCGCCCGCCCGUCCCCACAUCCCCGCCGGCACGCCUCUGCUGUCCGUGCCUCUGCGCGCCACGCUAUGGGUGCCUCUGCACGCCACGUCAGCAGGAGGGGGAGGCGGAGGAGGGGGUAGCGGGAGUCCAGUGCAGCGACUGGCGAUCGCGCUGCUGCAGGCAGUCUGUGGAGAAGGGGAGGGAGGGGUGGGCGGUGGGGAGCGGGAGGGAGGGAGGGGAGUAGUGGGGAAAGAGGCUGGUGGGGAGAAGGCGAUGCAGGGAGUUCAGACUCUGGCUGAUUGGAGCGAGGAGGAGUUAGAGCACCUGCAGUCGCCGCCAGCAGCAGCGGAGGUGCGAGGUUACGCGGCAGAGAUGGCAGCAAUGGAAGCGGCAGUGUCUGCUGCCGUGCCAGGGGCCGGGAGAGAGAGAGCCCGCUGGGCUCUGCGCAUUGUUACCUCACGUUCCUUUUCCAUCUCUAAUGCCGCUGACCCUGCCGGUGCUGCUGCUGGUGCUGCCAGUGCUCCCGGUGGUACCAGUGCUACCGAUGCUGCCGAGCCUGCCGUCCUUGCUCAUCCUGCCGAACCUGCCAAGGCUGGUGGUGCUGCGGAGUUCAGAGGAGCCGCUGUGGACACACCGCUCAGGGAUGGGGACAGGGGUGGCGGAUCGGGGGAGAAGUUGCCAUCUGCAUUUCAGGUGCUGGUGCUGCUGGUGGACAUGGCCCAUCCUCGUUACAAGACAUUCGUAUCCCACACCGUGUCCUCUCCCCUCCCCUCUCCUCUCCUCUCCUCUCUUCUCCUCUCCUCUCCUCUCCUCUCCUCUCCUCUCCUCUCCUCUCCUCUCCUCUCCUCUCCGCUCCACCCCUACGUGCUGGUGGACAUGGCCAACCACACCUGCAGCGCGACCACACAUUCACAUGCAGCUGUGCAGCCGUCUUACACUCCCUCUACCUCCUUGCUCCUCCAUCCAUGCCCCAUGCGCCUCAUGCCCUAUGCUCUCCUCUCAUUCCCAGGUGCUGCUGGUGCCUCUAGUGGACAUGGCCAAUCACGCCUGCAGCGCUGCCAUGCCACCCAUUCACACGCACCCAUGCAGCCGUCUCACACCAGUCCUCUCUCUCCUCUUCCAACCACGGCAGGUGCUGGUGCCUCUAGUGGACAUGGCCAAUCACGCCUGCAGCGCUGCCACGGAUUCACAUGCUUCUGUGCAGCCUUCCGCCACGUGGCGCAUCAGGAGAGGGCGGACGCAGGUGGGAGAGUGGGGGAUGCAUGUGGAUUUGGUGGUGAAACUAGAGGGCUGGGUAGAGCUGAAGAGGGCUUCGCGUCCACGCCGUCCCCUCCGCGCUUUGAGCUACUCGCAUCUCGCCCACUGCGCCCCGGCGCCCAAGUCACCAUCAGCUACGGCCCCCUCACCUCCCUCGCCUUCCUCCUCUCCUUCGGCUUCCUCCCGUGCAACAACCCCGCCAACCGAAUCACCAUCUACUCCCACUCCGAGCAAAUGAUGGAUGAUGUGGAGGAGAGGGUCACGCGCCUGCAGCACAAGCGGCACCUGCUCUCACAGAUGACCCCAGAGGACGCUCCUCUGCUCGCCUACACCGGCGGCAUAGAAACAAGGCUGAUGGAGUGUCUGUUCGUGCCGCAUGCACCUUUAGUUUGUGCCAUCGCCCGUGUCACCCAUCCGCCCUGCCUGUCUAACCAUCCAGGCGGCAUAGCAACAAGGCUGAUGGAGUGUCUGCUCGUGCUGCAUGCAUCAUCAGCAGAGGAGCUCGCUCAUCUCGACCACCACUGGACUGCCUCUCGCUCCCUCACUGCUGCCAACGUCUCGCCGCGUACACGCUCCGUGGCAGCCAAGCAGCUGGUGGAUCGCUGCAGGGAGCUCCUGAACGACUACCCAAUCACACUGCAAGCCGAUGAGGCACUGCUGGAGCAGCUCAUGGGAGCCGCGGUGAAUGAUGAGCGGAUUGAGGGGAGUGAGAGGGGUGAGCAUGAGCAGGAGGGGAAAACGCAGCGGCGCUUGCAGGCGGCAGUGGAGUACCGGGUGGAGGAGAAACGGAUCCUUGCAGAUGCCAUUUCUCGCUACGGUAGGAUGGUGUGA